AUGGAACCGGCUGCAGGUCCAUUCAACAAUCCUCAGGACUCAAUGUCCAAACUGCAUGGUAAGGAGGACUUUCAUCAACUUGCGCAAACCGUAUCGCAGUAUAGUUGGAACGUGUUCAGAUACAUAGGUGACUACCUUCAUCUCUUCGGUGUCGUAGUGCUCUGCAUUACUCUGUAUAAGAACAAGUCGUGUAAGGGUCUCAGUUAUGGCACACAAAUUUUGUACUUGACUACGUUUGUAUGCCGAUAUUUGGAUCUCUUCGAGCGCAAUCAGCGGGCGUACUUGGUGCUUUUCAAGAUAACGUAUGUGGCGAGUUCUGCUAUUAUUUGCUACAUUUUCAAGGCUUGGCACAUCACAUGGGAGCGAAGCAAAGACACCUGCAAUUUGGUUGUCAUCAUCUCUUUGUGCGCGAUCUUGGCCCUUCUCACCACGAAAGCCUUUGCCGUUCUCGAGAUCCUCUGGACCUUCUCCCAGCUCUUGGAGGGAUUCGCCAUGGUACUCAUAGUGUUUUACGCCUUCAAUUGGAUGUACAAGAAGAUCAAUCUCGGGCGGAACUACUCGGAUCUCAACUCCUGGCUGGGUGGGCUUAUAGAAAUACUCUUCUUCAUCGACUACAUCACGUAUCGCUUCAAGGGAGUUUCUUGUCUUCGUACGAUGGUUUUGGCGGUGGAUCAAAAAAUUAACGACAUUUCAGAGAAGGUGGAGAUGAAAGUAAUGGGCAGCAGCUCUAGUUAUGGUAAGUCGGCAAUAAUGCGUCAACCACAGAUGGGAUGGUGCGGCGAAGAAAAGGCGGCGGAGAGGUGGACGAGCAGGCGAUGCUGCAGAGCUAACACUGGUUGCCUUGGGGUUGCCUCGCAGUCUUAG